UUGUAGAUGGUUUGAAUUUGUUAGGAUGUAUCCCCACUUUGAAGUUUCCGCCUCAAAUCCAGCGUGCUUCAUAUGGCAUAUCCUGGGUGGCAAUGGAAUUUACAUUUAAAACCCAUUUAUAAGUGAAGCUGUCGAAAUUACAAUUUAAAAGAGCUGGAUGAAAAAGCAGUUCUUCCAUGACAUCUGAACCUUUCAACCUUGAGUUUUGCUGAGCCACUGUGGCUGCUAAUCAGCUGAAGUGAUGUCAGUGAUAGAAAGGUGUUUUGGCUUAUUAAGGAGAUAUGCCAAAUACCUGACCAAGAAGAAUGGGCGGGAAAAAAGGCGGGCACUGCCAGAAAUGCAGGAGUAUGUAGAAGAUCGUCUUACAGAGCUUCAUGAGGUUGCCGUUAAGAACAAGUUCCUUGACAAGUUCUUCGCCUUUGUCCUUGCAUCUUUCCUCAUUGUCAUCUUGCCAUACCUUCAUAUUGGCGUGUUCUACAUGAAAAUAUGGGUGCCUGACAAACCCAAGAUUGAUCGCUAUGGAUGCACCUGUUCCUGCUUUGACACAGUAUUCAGAGGUCGUUAUGAGAACCCAGGAAUGGUGACGUACAAGCAUGUGUAUUUCAAUGCGACCAGCUCCACAUUCCAAAUUUGGGUGUUCACAACUGUCUUCAUUUUACUCUUCUAUGAAAGUCUGCGUUACUUGGUUGGGCUUUUUCGCUCAGGAGUGCCAAUCCGCCGAAGCAUGCUUUUGCUCUAUGUUGUAAACUUGUAUCCACAUUAUUAUUCAUGGUGGUCAUUUUUUAGUUAUUACAAUGAGGAACUAUACACCUAUUUCACUCAUCACUUUUUAUUUACCAUCACCGAAAUGAUCACCACAGCCAUCGUCCUCAACCUUUGUAACCGUGAUAACAGUUUGUCUUCAUGGAAGGUGGCUACCAUCAUCAGUAUCAACUUGGUGCACAUCAUUGUCAGUGGCUCUGACCAGUUCAUUGCUCACGUGUUGCAAGGUGAAGGCCACUCCUUUCAGAACGUUCGUAACUUGGGGCUGAUGAUACCAGAUCUGUUUCAUGUUGUGGUGCCCUGCUACCUCUUAUACAAACAUGCCAGAGAGCACCGUCUGAAUUGUCUUCAACUUUGUUACAAAGAAGAAGUUAUUCUUAUGAUUUUCUUCAUAUCAGUUGGGACCAUCCUGGGACGUCUUACGUAGACUUAUUAUAAAUAGCACUGUCCGGUCUGUGUCAAUGCAGUUUGUGUUCAAGCUCUGGCACAGUCCUGGCAUGAUAUUAUUGUAUUGUGGAUGGUGUUAACCAAGAUACUAGUUACCAUACUCUUUUUUUUUUUUUUUAACCUGUAGAUAUGGUGGUUGUAAAAUAGUUUUAUUCCAAUUUCUUUAAGACAGAGUUUACAGUGCAGAUUAAAGUGAAAGUGAAGACAAUUCUAUUAAGGAGAAUGGUGAACUGUGAACUCCGUUUUCUUAGUCACACCAUUAUUGGAUGUAGUUAAGCUGGUUGCCUGGUCUCCAGUUCUUUAGUACUCAUCAUGAAGUAUGUACAUCUUUCAGAAACUGAUCUUCUGUUCCAUUCCAUACUUUGUUUUUUAGACAGAUGUUUAAUUCAUUUUUAUUAUAAUAGUAAUAAUAAUAAAUGCAUAAUUUGUAUAGUUCAUACACACAUAAGGUGCAUGUUCUUAGCAAUUGAGACAAGAACAAGUCAUAGACAACAUAUAAAUGAACUGAAGGAUGAACAACAGUACAGAUAUCUAAUAAAAUAUAAUAGCAAACACAAAAGGUAAUCAGGUAACAAGAACUAAGAGUGUUGUGAUUCAGCAGAGAAAGAUGAGUAGAGAAGUAGCAAUAAACAAAGAAGGGGUGGGGUGUGUGAGAAAAGGACUAGCAUUAUGUGGACUGUAAUUAUGAGUAAUGCUCAAGGAAGUCAGUGGUGGAUAGGUGAUGGAUAUGUAAGGGGAGAGAGUUUCAUUAUUUCGCUACACAAACUCCUGUAAGCGUAUGCUGUUCUGGUCACAGUAAUAGUUAGGACAUGGUCAUCAGAUGAAGAGCUGAGUUGUCUGGCUGGGAUGUAGGGAAAAAGAAGUUCAGAGAAAUAGGGCCGUAACCUGCAAAGAAAUGAAUGCACAGCAGUUUGUACUGGAUGCGAGAAUGGAUGGGAUUGUUGUUAAUAAGCCAGUGACUCAGAGACUACAGUGUUGUUGCAAUUUAUUAGUAAUGUCAAAGCCUUUGUAAGGUAAAAUUGUUAUUUUUUACCCUAUUAAACUAUACUAUGGUUGUUUUCUAAAAUAUAUUAUUCCCUCUAUUUUUUUGGUAAGGCCAUGGCAUAUUUAAAUAUGAUGAUUUUGUAAGGAUUUUAUAUGCAUGACAUGAGUGCAGAGAUGUAAUUGCCAAACUACAAGUACAUUCCAGGCUGUAAGUUUAAGCAUAUUUUUGUUCAUUUGUUGGACCAAUAAUUAAAUUGCCUUUAUGGAAAACUUUAAAGUUUGCAAUAUAAAAAAAAAAUGUUCCACAAGUUUUGUAAAACUAAAAUUCAAACAUAUCAUUGUAUAUUAUUUUGUACAUCCUUUUGCAUUUAAUAUAGCAUUAAAAUUGUGUCAACAUGGUUUUGCUUUUGCAGAAGAACCACUCUUUGAAGAACGACUCAUCAUUGCUGAUAAUGUUUAAAUUCACUUGGAUGAUUAGUGUGAUUUUUUGAUCAAAUAACUUCUGACAUUCCUGUGUAGUCUUUUGUAUAUAGCCAGAUUUUUUUUCCCCAAACUAUGAUAUGAAAUUGGGAAGUAUAAAACCAUUUAAAUUACUGAGAUAUAACUUUUAAAGGGAUCACUGUUCCAAUAAAAUGAUAUGAGAAUUUA